UUUCGAUCGAUGUUGCUGGACCUCUAUUGUCCACCUCUAUUGUUCUAUUAAAUACAUAAAUUUGAAACAACUUGCAAAAAAGAAAAUUCUGAAACAAUUACAACUGAACUGCGUAUUUCUGUAGUAUUAGAUUCAACAAGGCAACCAAAAGAAGACCGCACACCAAUUUACAAUUUCUGCCCAAAUUGCAAUGGACUCCUUGGACCAUAAACUUAAAGAGUUGUCCUUUUUAAAAGAUGAGCCAUUAAAUAGAGCUGCGUCUGUUUGUGAUGAACAUGAGUUGGUCGACAAGUUACGGCAAAAGCGACCAUCUGUUCCUCCAAAACCACCAAAGAAAUACAAUGAAUUGCCACAGGUUCCAUCUAGUAAGCAAGUUUUUUGUUCGCGGGAGCCGCUUUAUUCUCAACCUCUUAUUGGAAUGGAUAAAAUAUUAAGCGGCGGGCCCAUGCCUUUUAGAAAACACUCCAGCUCUGACUUCGGACAUGAUGAAAUUAAAAUUAAUUCAAAAACGACACUGGACAACCCGGCAAUACUGGAACAGCAACUGGAAGCCCUGGCUUACCACAAACUCCAAAUGGAAAAAAAAGGUCUUUUGGGAGUACAAAUCCAGCGAACACAAUGUGCCAAAGUCUUCAGAGAGCUUCCAUCCAACACAUUGAGCAAAAGUUUGAUAUAUAGUAAUAUAAAUUCUGCACCUAAUACAGAAAACUCGGAUCAUUUAAUGGAUGCUGCAGGCAUGUCAGCUAAUACCUAUUCAAAUGUUCACGAAGUUGGAUCCAAAGCUAUGGGGCCUUCCUCGGGUUCGUCUCAUAAAAUGCUCUCCGUUUGCACAAACUUAUUAUUAGACAACGAUAUAGAGGAUGAUGUGCCGCCUCCUCCAAGCCCUGAGAGCGCUGUGAGCUCUUCAUAUAGCGAGCUUCGGCGAGCCUCUACCGUCUUUAACAAGCCCAUGGAUUCUUUACAAAAUGUCCAGAAAUCAACUACUUCAUUACAAAUAUAUGCCAACCAAUCUGCUCUGCAACAUGGUGCCAUAAAUAAGAACCUACAGACCAAAUCUAAUCCAAACUAUUAUUGCUACGGUGGGCUAUCACAGAGCUCUUCUACUUAUGAUUCGAUAUAUGAGCCUAUAAACCCUCGUCCUGCCGGAGAUAUGUUGCCUCGGGAAAGUUGUAAUCUGUAUGGUUCAUACAUUAAUGAUAAUAACAUCCCAAGUAGUUCAUGCGGACUAAAUAAUGCGAACUCGGUUGAAGGGGACCAGUCGUUAUACGCGCAUGGUAAUGGUAGAUCUAAAUGUUACAUAGAGAAAACUACGUAUAAGAAUAAUGGGGAGGGUAAUAAUAGUAAUAAUGUUUCAAUAGCUACUGAUGCAAUGCAAGAAUUUGAAAACUAUGGAAGGUGUGUCAAAUGCAAUUCACGUGUACUAGGAGAGAGUAGUGGAUGUACAGCAAUGGAUCAAAUAUACCAUAUAUCUUGCUUUACAUGUACAGACUGCCAAAUUAACUUGCAGGGAAAGCCAUUUUAUGCAUUAGACGGCAAACCAUAUUGUGAAUAUGAUUAUUUACAAACACUGGAAAAAUGUUCUGUUUGCAUGAAACCCAUUUUGGAGAGAAUUCUCAGAGCCACCGGAAAGCCAUACCAUCCGCAAUGCUUUACUUGUGUUGUAUGUGGUAAAAGCUUAGAUGGAUUAUUAUUUACAGUUGAUGCCACUAAUCAAAACUAUUGUAUUAUAGAUUUUCAUAAAAAAUUUGCUCCCCGAUGUUGUGUCUGCAAACAACCUAUUAUGCCAGAUCCAGGACAAGAAGAAACUGUCAGAGUAGUGGCCUUAGAUCGUAGUUUUCACCUAGAAUGCUAUAAGUGCGAGGACUGUGGGCUCUUGCUGUCAUCUGAAGCUGAAGGGCGCGGAUGUUAUCCCCUAGAUGAUCACGUUUUGUGUAAGAGCUGCAAUGCCCAACGUGUUCAGGCUUUGACAAAACGCAUGACAUCGGAUCAUUAAUUAGUGUGUGGCAACUUUACAGAUUUGCAUUUACAAAUACAAAUAUGAUUUUUUUUCUAUACUUAUACACUUACACAUAAAGAAAAUAGCUACUAGAGUGAAAAAUGCGCUUACAUUUGUUACUAUAAACUAUAACCGAUCAUUAAUCACUUAUAACACUGGUUUACAAAAUUAAAUCGAUCAUUGUCUCCUGAGAUAAAAGCUUGAUUUUUCGGUGCAGUUGGAAACACUAAUUAAGUAAGUGUCACUAAUUCAUAAAUUGUACUUUAAAAAAACGUUUAAAAACCGAAAUAAAUUGUAUCGCUCAUACUCAAAGUUGAAACUUAAACAAAGCUAACAAGCAGUCAAACUAAACAAGUUAACCGAAAUAUGCAUACUGCAUAGUGCCAGUGACGUCGGUCGAAUGCUAAGUCUUUGUUUUUAACGUUCCACUAGUUGCUACCAUUUUAGAAGGAUAAUACAAUCUUGUGUUCAAAAUUACGAUUUACAUUACCAUUAUAACUAAAGUAAUUAUAAUGCAAAUAUAUAGCUUGCAAAAAUAACUAGGUACGAAACAAUUUGACGAAAUAAAUUUGUGUUGUCGACAAAAAGUAUUACUAAUUAUAUCACAAUAAAA